GCGAGAUAGCAGCUAUUUGCCAGCACAAUCAGCAUUCUUCGCUGCCAGAACUGUCAUAUUGGAAAUUAUGAAAAUCAUUUGCGAGUGCGAAUUUUGACCCGAAAAACGGAACAAAAAUUGCGUUUUAGCGAGCAUAACAGGAUAAUUUUCUCCCGAUAGCUACUAUUUCCAGUUGGACGGUGAGGCUUCCAGCGCAAUGAAAAUCACCAUCAAAACACUGAAACAGGAGGCGUUCCACAUCGAGGUGGACGUCGAGAAGGACACGGUGCGAACACUGAAGGAAAAGUUCUUCCAGGAAAGCAAACAGGACUAUCCGGUGGAGAGGCAGCGACUCAUCUAUCUCGGCAAGAUUAUGGAAGACGACCAUCCGCUCAGUCAGUACAAUUUGGAUGACAAAAAGUUUGUUGUGGUUAUGAACAAAAAACCAACGACCGCUCCGGCGGAACCGGCAACGACCGCGACAACAACCGCACCAUCAUCGUCAUCGGCUAGUGCUGCGAAAAAAGAAACCAGUGAUGCAACCCCGACACCAGCUGCCACUCCUGCCGCGGUAGAAAAGUCCAAGGAAGAAGAGAAACCGAAGGAGGUCACAAAACCGGACGAACCGCAGCAGGAUGAUCUUCAGAUUAAAAUUCAACGAAUAACUGAAAUGGGAUACUCGGAGGAAGAAGCCCGAAUUGCUUUGGAAAUUUGUGACAACAAUCCGGAUCGGGCGGUCGAAUACCUCCUGUCCGAAAUAGCAACCAGUUCUUUGGGUGGCAGCAGUGGUGGAGGCGGCGGCAGUGGUGGUGCUUCCACUGGCAACACUGGUUUGCUGGGUUCAACCCAGGAAAGCCGGUUAGCGUUUCUCCGAGGACACCCAACUUUCCUGGAGAUGAAACGUCUUUUGCAGGAAGAUCCCAGUCUGUUGCCGCAUUUACUUCAGAAAAUUCAGUCCAGCAAUCCGGACCUGAUGCGUAUCAUUUCGGAGAAUCAGGUGGAGUUUUUGACCUUGAUCAAUGAGGAAUCAGACGGACCGGAGGGCCGAUCGGCAGUUCCACGUGAGCUGGAAACGACGGCCGCUGCAAUGGUGGACAGUCUGAGCCAGGCCGACAUGGAAGCCAUCGAUCGGCUGAAGGCCCUCGGUUAUCCGGAGCAUUUGGUCAUCCAAGCCUACAUAGCUUGCGAGCGCAACGAGUACCAGGCGGCUAACUUCCUCGUGCAGAACCCGGACGAUGACGAUUAGAGACGGAUGGGAAAGCAAGCGUGCGCAGUCAGUCGCAAGUAUGCUUUCUAAUUUUUUCUUCUAUUUGCUUAAAGAAGAGAUUCUAUAUUGUACACAGUUCAUCAGUUGAUUUUUGUUUUUAAAAGAAACAGUCUCGUUUUAAUGCUUUGAGCUGUAACUUCUGCUAAACAGCGCAUAAUGAAAAAAAAGAAAAAUGCAAACAGCAUACAUUUAUCAGUUUUCCAGUUGAAGCUACUAAAUUUUCAUAUCUGAUAUUUACGGUUCGUAGCUAGACCUUUUGCAGAAAACAAACCAAUAGUAACCCCCUAAUAAAUCUAAUUUUUAGCUCUACGAAAAAAAAUUGUCUACACGAAUACUUUUGCCCAAAAUAAACUAAGAAUUAUAUUGCUUCUGGGAAAAA